UGAAAUUGUCCGGCCACCUAGGAAUCGCAAACAAUGAGGAUUAAUAAUUACAUCAAACGACCUCCCGAUUUUGGCAAUUUGAGGGAAAUUUGAGGAGAAAGAUCAGACGCCCAUUAAGAAGUUCACGAAUUAUUCAGAAUGCCGAGAUUAAGACAAAUUCUGUUAGUUAUGACGACGUUGAUUUUGAUGGCCCACUCUUUUCGAGCGGAUGAUGAAAAUUCUACGAUACAAAGGCCAGCAAUGACUACAGAAGAAAAUGAAAAUUCAGUAAAUAUAACAACAACAGAAAAUGGAAAUUCAGUAAAUAUAACAACGACAGAAAGUGGAAAUUCGAUAAAUACAACAACAGAAUUAGUGAAAAAUACAACUACAACAGAAUCAAUAAAAAAUCUAACAACAAAUACUACUACUACUACUGAAUCAAUAUUAGUGAUAAAUACAACAUCAUCGAGAACAAUUGACGCAGAUGAAUUUACGGAAAUGCCGGAAAUUUUAACAACAGAAAUAUCGACGAGCACAAUUUCAAUACCUACGAGUACAAUGUUAAAUACUCAAAAUUCAACGACUACAGUUGAACCUCAACAAUCUUGGAAAGCAAAAAAUGAUUCCUUGAAUGUAGCGUGGGAAUGUCCUAAUAUAACGGGAGUCGGAAUCGAGUGUUCUUGCGAUUUUCCACAUACGCUGAGAUGCACUGGGGACACAACUGGUCUGAAGACAAUCAAUAGUCACUUGACACACAAUAAUUUGGGUAUUUCUCUAUUGGACUUAACAGUCUCUGGACUAUCAAUAUUGCCGGCAAAUUUUCUCGAGGACAUUUCACUUCACGGUCUCGUUGUUUCCACCGGUGAAUUGCGAAAGGUUCACGAAAAUGCCUUCACAUCGUUGAAGCGACCCCUUCAAGCACUGGGAUUGCCUAAUAAUCUUUUGGAAUCAGUCCCGACUGCUGCAUUGUCACGUCUAAUUGGCUUGGACAGGCUGGAUCUGUCUCGAAAUAAACUCAAAACACUGGAGUCUGAUGCAUUUCUCGGUUUAACGAACUUGACGUACCUGGAUCUUUGUGAUAAUAUUUUGUCACAACUGUCACCAGGAGCGUUUUUAAAAUUACCGUCUCUUCGAAAUUUAAAAAUGCGGAGCAAUCAUCUCAGCGUAUCAGCACUAUCGGCUCUCAGAGGACUCAAGAAACUCGAAGAACUCGAUCUUUCGCGAAAUAUUCUCGUCGGAAAUGUCAGUGGGAAUCUUCUUCCCCUGAUGCCACGACUCAAAAAUCUCAUGCUCUCGGAAAAUGAAUUAACCAAAGUUCAACUAGGCACACUUUCCGGUUUACGAAAUUUAAUGUAUUUGAGCCUCAGUCACAAUCAGAUCGACGUCCUGGAAGAUCAUGCGUUCAUGUAUCUGUCAUCAUUGACGAGACUGGAUUUAUCAAAUAAUUUAAUAAUUGCCGUGUCAAAUUUGUCUUUGGCUCAUUUGGAAAAUUUAACAAUGCUGGAUUUGACGCACAAUUUUCUACGAUCAUUAACGUCAGAUUUGAUUUUGCCGUUGAAAAAUUUACAGGAUCUUCGCCUCGAUGACAAUGAUAUUACUCUAGUGGCGAGCGAUGUACCAACUUAUAAAUUAAAAUUAAAACGACUCUCACUCUCCGACAAUCCCUUGAAUUGUGAUUGCACACUUUUGGAUUUUGCCAAUUGGCUCACGAAUUCCAGUUUAGAGGAGGAGGACAAAUUCUCGGCGGUGUGCGCGACUCCACCGGCUUUGGAGAAUGGCAUUCUUGUCCAGGUGUCACCUGGAAGUCUUCUCUGCGGUGAUCCAACGCCAGCGACGAGACUUCCCAUUUCAAAUGUUCAAAUAAUCCUGAAAGAAUUUCAUUACGACGAAUUGAAUGGAAUAAAUCUUUUGUGGAAUAUUGAUCUUGGUACAAGUUACUACACGUGCGAUACGCUGAUGAUUUACGAGACAAUUGGCGUUAAGGAAGAGCGCAUUGAAUCGAGUCCUCUUCAUUGUGACUCGCGUUUAAUGCGAGACCGAUUUACACUUCCUGUUGCCAUUCCAACGUCAAUUCAUUUACAAUUGAAACACAAGUAUCGCUAUUGUGUGGCAAUUUUAAUUCCCUCCGGCUAUGAUGAUAUUUCCCUUGGUCUUGGCUGCAGCGAUGUUAUUGUUCUCGAGGAAACCAGAAGUCGACGAAAGGAUCAACAUCAAUUGAACCUAAACGAAGUUUCCCUGGCUACUACCUCGUCACUCUCUAAAGCCGCCAUCACCGCUGUUCAUGUUAACGUUUCCAAAGAGGGCUUUCUUCAGGUGGACGUCAGUCUGUCGCUUCCGGCGGAAUUUCAAACUGGCACCAAGUGUGAAUUGUCGGUUGUUGUCUUCGCCACGGAAAGUGCGACGGUUCAUCGGAAAAAAAUGAAUUGUUCAUUAACUUUUAUAACACUCUCGGGAUUAUUGCCAGGACACUAUAAAGUAUGCGCGAGUCUCGAUGAAAUUGCCGGCGAUACAUUGGCAAUUUCCAAUCACGAUCGAUAUCGUUGCGUACAAGUUCAAACGUUUAAGCAAAAUUCAGAAAUUUGGUUUCUCAUUAUCGUCAUUGUUGUCAGUAUUCUUCUAUUGAUUAUCAUUCUUGUGAGUCGAAGUUUCAUGAAAAAACUACGAAAUCCAAAGAUACAAACACAAUGUUUUAUGCCAACGCAAGAAUUUGAAAUCACACAAAAGGCUCACUAUAUUAAACUUUUGGCCACCACAAAAGUCUAGUCUUCCAUUUUUCAAUGAAAUAUUAUCUUCAGAUAUAAUUUAAAUUACAAAAAAAGUAAUUUAUAUAUAAAAAAAUUUUUACUUUAAAAAGUAAAUUUAUUACUUAAAAUUUCACAAAGAAUUCACGCCAAUUUUAUAAAAAAAAUUCGUUGUGAAUUCUAUCGGUCCACAAUUAAUAAUCUGAAACAAAAAUUAUUUUCCUUUUUGCAUGUAUAAAAAUUAAGAAGAUAAAAAUGUGCCAUAAGUAUUUUAACUUUUCGUAAAUCAUUAAAAUUAAAAAUAUUAAUAAACUUUGUCAUCGAAAAUUUGAAAAAAAGGGAAAAUGUCGUAAUGGGAAAAAUAACGAAAUAAAAAAGACGUCUCAGACUGUCUUAAUUAUAAUAAAAAAAACGUUUUCAACGUCUUAACGUUAAUAAAGACGGAAAAAGAAGAGAUAAAUUAUAUAUAUAUUUUUUUAUAGACAGCUACUUACGAGUAAAGAUUUAUAUUUUAUAAUAUAGUUGCAGUGCAAUAUUAUUCAAAUCAUAAACGUCGAAUUUAUGUACAUAAAAGCAGAAAAUUUUAUAAAUUAAAUUCUAUAUUAUUUUUAUUAUAUUAUAUAGGUAAUAAAAACAAAUUAUAAUUUCUUGUAGAUAGAGUAUCAUUAAGAGUUAAAUUAUAUAACAAAUUAUUACCUUGAUUUUGUAUAAACGUUGAAAUAAAACAUAGAAUCGCGACGAUGAUUUCAUUAAAUUAUCUCCAUAGCUGUGAAAUAAUGUUAGUUUAAAAACUUUUCACCUUUUAAAAGUGAUAAGUUUUCUUCCUUAAGUUUUUUAAUAGGAAAUUUAAUUUCAAUUUCAAUUUGCUAUUGAAAAACUGUUUCAUCGAUCGUGUUUGAAAAUACUUUUUCUAUUUUAUGAAAAUAUGCCUUUGUAAAAUAAUGAAGAAAUUUUCGUUUACAACUAUUUAAAAUAUCUGUAAACCAACUGACUUAUUAAUAUAGAUUUUAACUGUUAUUAACUAUACGUCAUUUUUAUGCGUGAGUUAUUUUGUACAUAUUAUAUAUAUUUUUUUUAUUCUCACAUUA